AUGAAAACAAAAAUGGAUGAACCCCCAAAAAGAGGUCGUGGCCGAGGACGAGGUGGUAGAGGUCGAGGACGUGGACGAGGAAGAGGCCGAGGUAGAGGUAAAAAAGCUAUUAAAACCGUUGAGAGUGACGAAGAAAUAGUAGAACCUCCUCCCCUAGAAGCUCCUGAAGAUGUUCAAACUCAAGAAGAUGCUCUUGAAAACGUUCAACUUACAAUUGAUCUUGAAGCAGAUAUUUCCCAAUUGGAAGCUCCUACAUUUACAACGAUAAAUAGGGGCCCACCGGAACCGAUGCUAAGACUCGAUUGGUCACAUAAAGUGAAUUUGAUCGGAGAAAAAGUACUAAAUCCGUUAAUUCAUUGCUGUGAUAAAUGUUUGAAACCAAUUUUGAUUUAUGGACGAAUGAUUCCUUGUAAACACAUAUUUUGUUUGGCAUGUGGUAAAAAGGAACAGAAACAAUGUCCCCGUUGUUUAGAAAAAGUUACGAGAGUCGAACAAACUGCAUUAGGUACCGUUUUCAUGUGCACCCACGGUGGUACCAGAUACGGGCAAACCGGAUGCCGUAGAACUUAUUUAUCACAAAGAGACCUUCAAGCUCACAUAAAUCAUCGACAUGUCUCGAAUUUGACUUUGAAUCAACAACCUAUGGAGGCAGUAGAACCAGAAAGGGCGUUGCCAGUGCGUACUAAAACCGCCAACGAUCCCAGAUCAGGGGGUGGCGUACCAGCUAAUAUUAGACCGAGACCAGUUCCAGUACAAACUUCCGGUGUAAGGACUAAUCUUAUAACAGUGCCCAUACAAGAAUCAGCACCUGCUAUACAUGAAACUGUUUCCACGACGCAAAAUUACUAUAAUCAGUAUCAACAACCAGCAAAUUAUACGCAACCUUUACCUCCCAUGCAUAUUCCGCCUCCUCAACAACAGCAGCCACAGUAUUACGGCGCGCCUCCUACUUAUACUCCGGCACAAACUUAUCCCGCUUAUACUGGAACUACUCCUACUGUCGCUCAGUACGCUCCUCCGGCACAGGUACAGACUAGACAGCAGUAUGAUUAUAAUACUGCUCCUCCCCAAUGGACUAAUAACCAACAAUAUUAUAGAUAAUUUUCAAAGUGGAAAUGUAUUUUUAAGUUUUUUUAAUAUAAUGUAAUAAGUGCUA